AUGAGCGAGGUGGUUGCAGUAAUUUUGAGACAUUUCUACGAUCUCAUAUCGACGAAAUACGUCAAAGUCAUGAAAAUACCGAAAUUAAAAUGGCUUUUAACUGGUGGCAAAAUAAUCUAUGAGCUAUUGUUUGACGAAAAGAUUUUUAGUAAUGAAGAAAUAUACAAAAUGACAAGCACUGAGCUGCAGUUUUCCAAAAGCAUGAGUAACAUUUAUGUAGAGCGAGCUAAAGAAGUGUAUCAGGCCGAUGAGAACAAGGAUGGAGAUGAACGUCGAAAAUUACCUGUUUUUACGAAAGCUCAGCAUGAGGCAAAAGAAGCGAAUUAUGAUUUCUACAUGCAGUCUCACUUCGAAUGUUGCCAAGAUUUUGAACGCUAUGAAUUUGAAGUAUUUGAACAAGAAGCCACUGAAGGAAAACUGGAUGAUGUGGAGUCGUUGGAUGAAUCGCUCAUCUCGCCAAAACAAAGUCUUGCACAGUCUGUCUAUUCGGUAGUCGAAGAGGAUCUGGAAAUGCUUUUGGAUAGGGAUAAUCGUCUGGAAGUUGACGAAUUACAUCGUGAUUCUCCUUUCAAAAGUAAGAAUUUGUUUUUUUUGUUUAAUAAUCGACUGAAUCGCAGUCUCUCAAAUUAUUAUUAUUAUUAUUAUUAUUAA